CUCUCUCCUCCCCAAAUCCCACCACCUCCAGCCCCAGCCGCCCUCCCGGCCCCGCCAUGGCCGCCUCCAGGAACCGGCCAUGGCGCUGGCCCAGGCUCCGCCGCCCUGGCUGGCGCUCUCGCUCGACGAGGCGAGAGACGUCCACGUCCCUCACCAAGCGCGGCCCGUCCAAGAGACAGGAGCUCGCCCGCCCACCCCCUUCGCGCGCGGGGAGCCCCGGUUCGUCUCGGAGACCAAGCUCAUCACGUUCCACUCCUCCGCGGGGCGCCUGGGCGCCGCCCGCGAGGUGUUCGACGGAAUGGGCCACAGGGACCUGCUCGCCUGGUCGGCGAUGAUCGGCGCGUACGCCACCAGGGGCAUCUUCCACGAGGUGCUCGCGCUCGCGGUGAGCAUGAUCGGGGAAGGCGUGCUCCCCGACAGGUUCCUGAUCACUCGGAUUCUGCAGGCGUGCGCCUACGCCGAGGACCAGAGGCUCGGGAGCGUGCUGCACUCAAUGGCCAUCCGGAGAGGGUUUAUGGGCAGGGUGAAGGAUGUGCCUGUGGGGAACUCGGUGCUGGUGAUGUAUGUCAAAUGUGGAGAGCUGGGGCGCGCGCGUGCGGUGUUUGACAAGAUGAGGCGCCGGGACCUGGGCACGUGGAACUCGAUGAUCUUUGGGUGCUGCAGGUCUUGCCAGUGGGAGGAAGCGCGGAGGCUUCUUGAUGAAAUGAGGCGGGAAGGGACAGAGCCAGGGGUUGUCACAUGGAACACAUUGAUUUCGAGCUAUGCCAGGUCUGGGGAUCUUGAUGUGGCCGUGGACCUGCUGGGACAGAUGGAAGAGUGUGGAGUAGAACCAGAUGUUGUCACAUGGACAAGCCUAGUGUCAGGUUUCGUUCAUAGCGAUAGAGGGGAUGAGGCACUCCAGUGUUUUAUCCGGAUGCGUGUGGCUGGGGUGGAACCAAAUGGCAUGACAAUUGCAUGUGCCAUCUCAGCUUGUGCGAGUUUGAAGUUAUUGAGACAGGGAAGCCAGCUCCAUUGCCAUGCGAUUAAGAUUGGGACUGUGAACAACGUCUUGUCAGGGAACUCGUUGGUUGACAUGUAUGCUAAAUGUGGCGAAAUAGUCGCAGCAUAUAGAAUAUUUAAUGAGAUACCCGAGAAGGACAUCUUCUCCUGGAAUUCAAUGGUUGCAGGGUAUGCGCAAGCGGGGUACUGUGGCAAGGCGUAUGAACUCUUCUGCAAGAUGGAAAGUUAUGGUAUCCAGCGCAAUGUGAUAACCUGGAAUACAAUGAUAUCAGGGUACAUACGGAAUGGGGACGACGAGAGAGCUUUUGAACUAUUCCAGACCAUGGAAAGUUAUGGAGUAAAAAAGGACACAGCUUCCUGGAACAUACUCAUUGCUGGUUCAGUGCAUAAUGGAUAUUUUGAUAGAGCCCUAAGAAUAUUUCGGCAGAUGCAAUCAGUUCUGAUAAAGCCUGACUACAUUACAAUCCUAAGUAUCAUCCCAGCAUUCGCAAAUCUGGUGGCAGCGUGGAAAGUACGGGAGAUCCAUGCCUGUAUUUUUCACCACAACUUAGAAAUGGAUGGGAAAAUCGCAAAUGCGCUUAUUAAUGCCUAUUCAAAAUCUGGUGAUCUUGCUGGCGCUUGUGCUGUUUUUGAUAGGCACUCAUCAAGGAACACUAUUUCAUGGAAUUGCAUCAUUGUUGCACAUUUGCUGCAUGGGUCUCCAACUAAAGUAGUGGACUACUUCUUUAAAAUGAAGCAACAAGGUGUACUACCAGAUCAUACGACUUUGACAGCUGUUAUCAGGGCCUAUGGUAUGGAGGGGAUGGUAUCUGAAGGGAGAGAAAUAUUUCUCAAUAUGGACAAAGACUAUAAUGUAACCCCAGAUUUAGAUCAUUAUGCAGCAAUGGUAGACCUUCUUGGACGGUCUGGGAGACUGCAAGAGGCAUAUGCAAUUAUUGAUGAAAUGCCACUCACACCCAAUUUAAUACUGUGGGAGUCAUUACUAACCUCAGCAAGAAUGCAUGGAAAUGUAAGGCUGGCACUACUGGCGGCUACAGAGAUGUCGAUGAUUGAACCGAAUGAUCCUAGAAUCCAAGUAGUGGUUUCUAGUCUUCAGGAUCUUGCUGGACAAUCUUUUGAUGUGCCAAAGGUGACAGUACACAGCAAGGAAAGAAUGUUGGGUGGGGUUGAGAGUUGUUCAACAGAAAUCAGAAAUAUGGUAUAUUUGUUCUCAACUGGUGAUAAGGUUGCCUCGGAGCAUGAAGCAGCUGAAUUAAAAUUGAUGAUGACUGAAAUGGGAUCCUCUAUGCUUAGCGCUGGUAAUGGAACUCUAGAAGUGGAAGAAGAGAUGGAAGAAGUUGCGAGAAUCCAUUGUGAGAAAUUAGCAAUUAUUGUUGGGAUUUUGAAUUCCCCUCACUUCAGAAGCAUACGGAUAAUCAAAACUGCAAGGAUGUGUAACCAUUGCCACACCUUCGCUAAGUUAGUUUCGGAGAAGUAUGGGCGUCAGAUACUGAUCAAGGAUCCGAAGUAUUUGCACAAGUUUGAGAAUGGUAAUUGCUCUUGUGAAGAUUAUUGGUAAACUCAACGGGUAUAAGUCAGCUGGGCAAAUGAGGCUGCCAGGUGGCUAGACUGAAAUGUUCCAGAUAUAGGAAUACAGCCAGCUAACUGUAUGAACAGUGUUGUCAUCAUACUUUUAGAUCACAUACCUCAGCAAGAGGUUGCAUUGUAUUUGAAUUUCAUUGACGCUGAAUAUGGCCUCAACAUUAGUAUAAAGUUGACACUUGGCACUUGGGGGUUAGCCUUUCCAGGAAUUCUAUCUCCGGAUAAAACAUUAUUGCUCUGGUAUCAUUAAAACAAAGCCAUUCAGAUGAUACAUGCUCCCUGCAUUAGUGAAUUCAUUGUAAACGAAUUGGUAGCACAGAUCACUGCAAGUGGCACAACAUACAAGAUUAGCUUAUAAUUCAACCACGUAUCGAAUGGUUGCAUGCCUCUAUGCAUAUGAUUAAUGGGAUUCAUCGAUGAUCUCCAGCUCAGAAGCAAUAUGACCUUGAAUAAUGAUUGGCCUCACUAGAGAAGCUUUCAUUAAGCACUAGGGCACUGCUGCUGGAAAUGGAAACAAUGUACAAAUUUGUUUGCCCUACCAUAAACCUUACUGAUAGUCUGAUACUGAAUUAGUAAGGUACUGCAGCUAUUGGCUAUAUUUGUUGGUCUAUCAAAUAUAGAAUCUAUACUUGGUGCUGCCCCUCAUUUCCCCCUCUUUUGAUCACCCAAUUCCGCAGAAAUUCUUUAUGGUGUAUCCUGCCAAACUGACCUAAUAAAUUCAAGAAUCUUUGUUCCAUUGAAUCAUCUCAGGCGCUUAUUCAUGUCGCUUUGUUUUCAAGCUAUGCUGUACAGCUCUUUGUGUUGUAUCAAUGAUCAGAGAAAUAACUUGGUCUCAAGCUCAGAGCAAUGUCCUUGUUUAGAAGAAGUGAAUAUCAAAAUAUGGCCAUCUCUUUCACAUGGCGCCUUUUCCAUUUUGCUUUCUCAAUUGUCAAUUUAGUGAACCGAAGGGUAAGCAGGAAAAUUAUUCAAUUUGACUUUGCAUUUCACCAAGUGGUACUUUUGUGUGUGUGAUUGGGGGAGUCUGUCAGGAACCAAGUCUGAGUAUCGAUCACAAAUAAGACAAUUUUUCAGAUCUGUACGGGUGCCCCUCUCCUCUUUAGGUUUACACAAAAAUUGCACACAUGUACUGUAUGAAACUUCAUGUAUAUUGGACGUGAAGUUUCUGCACACGAGCACAUAUGUGCCCUUUAUCUGGGCGGUUGAAUAGAGCAUCAGGGUGUGCUGCAUUUAAUUCUGGGCGAGAUACGGGUCCGCUCAUAAUGAUAGAAAUGUUCAUAUACGUACGGCGUGACUUCUGGACUGUGGGUCAGGAUUGCAACCGAUGGACAAUCACUGUGGAUGGUUGGAAGCAGGGCCGUGGCUCAUGACGUCAUGUCCCUUCCCGAUCCUUGGAUCAGGAAACACGCUUUCCGGCUACUGGGACAGAACCGUAGUAAAUGUGGGUGGCUGGGUGGUGUCGUCUCCUACCUCAGGCGGCUGGAUUCUUCCAUUAGCAAGAGCGGUCGUCACGGUGGAGCACCUUCAGCGGGAACAAGACCGCCGCUGCCGGUGAAGAUGAAGUUCUUGAUGCAGCCAAUUAGAAGAUUCACCUUGCUAGAGGAGGUUAACAAUAGCGACAUCCCGAUGGAGCCGCUUCAUUACCAAGUUGCCCCACUGGUUCUUGAGCAGCAGCUCGCGUCUAUGCAGGCAGUGAGCGUCAACGGCCAGAUCUGCGACGCAGGCGGCGGCAGAUGCUGAAAGGGAAGGCUCACCGCAGGCAUCCGGGCAGUUGAUAGGCCAGAUGAACACUAAAGCUCCUGGAUGGACCUGAAGGUAUGUCAGAAUUCAGUCGUACAAUCUGAAUUUCAUCAUACAACUCUGAAAGUAAGGAGUCCUGGAACUUGUCACCAAUUUCUAAGCUCGUGCACAGAUUAGUCAUGUAUAGGUAGUGUCACAUUUUAGUCCAGUAGUUCAUCUGCGCAAAAAAUCAAUGAUUUUGGUAGUGUGACAGAUCAGUGUGCUGUGCUCUUUACUGACAAAUUAGCAAAUUAGUUGUGUGCUCUUUAUCAUGGAGGCAGUGUGCUUUUGAAGUUUUAACUGACAAAUUAGCAAAUUAGUUGUGUGCUCUUUAUCAUGCAGGUAGUGUGCUUUUUACUGAUUAAUUAGCAAAUUGUGCACAGAUUAGUCAUGGAGGUAGUGGGCCAUUUUAGUCCAGUACUACAUCAGCAUGAAAAAUCAAAUGAUUUUGUCACUACCUUAUACUCCCUCCGUUCCUAAAUAUAAGUCUUUAUAGAGAUUCCAGCAUCGACUACAUACGGAGCAAAAUGAGUGAAUCUACACUCUAAAUGCAUCUCUACAUACAUCCAUAUGUGGUCCAUAGUGAAGUCUCUACAAAGACUUAUAUUUAGAAACGGAGGGAGUAUAUUGUAAAACUGUAGCAAAUUAGUUGUCAUCAUACUUAUAACCAGUGUGGGAAUUUGAAUGCCUACGUUGCCUUAGAAAUAACUGCUGCUGCCGGUGAUGGAAUUUAAUGCAGCCGAUCAGAAGGUAAGAAGCACCUAUGAAUCUGGAUCAGCGGAAACUGGUGGGGGAACGCUCCGUCCUUAUUUGCUUCACUGUUUUGUUCUUGUGUUUUACCAGGUUCCUUUGGUCGACCAUUUGGACAAAAGUCAACCGUCCAUGCAUCUGCUGGCUAUCGGGAUAGCGGUGUCUUUCCGGCUCAGGGCAGCAGAAGAACUACCGGUGGAAUUCGUGAGGAACAGGCAGGCGUGGAUGGAAGACGGGAGAGCCUGCCCCAGUUAUCUGAGCUGUCGACCGGCAAAUUGAACCCGCAACGCAAGCACUGGGCUGUUAAAAAAGAUAGUGGCCAUGGUGGAUGGAUGGUAUGAGGUGAUCUGGGUGCUGCAUUUGAUGGCCAUGAUCUGUUUGCUGCAGGCCAACUCCCUGCUUGUGGCAUCUGAAGGUUGGGAAACUAUAAUUUAAAUGUAUCUGAAGACAUGGUCAGCACGUUUAGGCACUUAUGAAUUCGAAAAUGUUAAUUGUUUGUUGUGCACUGAAGUUUUUUUGUUGAUAUUGA